CGGCUGUCUACGGCGCUGCGCUUUAAAUAGCAGCUGUUUAAAAGCUCCUCACCAUUCUCCCGUCUGCUGAGCAGCUCGCAGUCCCCUCUCAGCACCACAGUCCCCACUCAUUCACAUAUUUCUUUCAAUACAAGACCCUCACAUCCCGCAAUGUCGGCCGCCAGCACCGAGACUAGUGCUCCCCUGCCAACCGCCGGCAGCCGCGUCUUCUUCCAGGCAGCGCCCGGGGUGGGCUGCGUGGGGUCCGGCCCCAUCACCGGGGACGACCCGGUACAGAAGAAACAGGGCAAAGUGACGGUCAAGUACGACAGGAAAGAGCUGCGGAAAAGACUCGUGCUGGAGGAGUGGAUCAUUGAGCAGCUCAGCGAAUUGUAUGACUGUGAGGAGGAGGAGAUGCCGGAGGUGGAGAUAGACAUCGACGACCUGCUGGAAGUCAACAGUGACGACGAGAGAGCCAGCAAAUUGCAGGAAUCAUUAAUAGACUGCUACAAACCAACAGAGGACUUUGUCCGUGAGUUGCUGGGCAGGAUAAGGGGAAUGAGAAAACUCAGUGCACCAACCAAGAAGGGCCUAUAAUGGCUGCCUUGCCAACCAUCAAUCAACCAUAAACUACGUCAUCCCAGCUCCACCAAGUUAACCCACUCAACAUGGACUUUCAUCACACGGAAUAACUUAUCAAGACAUAAGAGCAUUAGUAACUAUUCUGCAACCUGCAAACAUGCACCAUAAAAUCCAUGCAUAUAACACUAGUCAUCUAUUUCACACUCACAUAGAAUAACAAGGUGUAUUAUAAUAUUUGAUUGUUGAAAGGUACGCAAGCAAAAUCACGACACAGCCGAUAUGUUUAAAUAGCAUACAGACACAAUAAGGUCAAACCCUUGAACGUGCCAGAACUGCAUUAACAUGAAAACCACCUAAUUCCACAUUUCAGAGCCAUAUUAAAACUUUUCAAGCCGAUGCUAUAAUCCCAACAGCCAUACAGACUAAAACACCAAUAAAUCUCAAAAAAGGGAGGUGGUAAAAACAUGUUUGUACUGCAGUAGGUGUGAAAUUAGCUGUAGCACUAUGUAAACACAGUGCUUCAUGAUUUUUAUUUUCUUUUUUACUGAAGUGUUUUGCUGUUACUUUUUUUUUAAAGUACUGUACGUUGCCAUUUAUUGUUCAUGUGAUUGAAAUGUGGUCCUCAACGGUUUUUGUUUUUGUCCUGCUUUCAAGUCAACCUCAUUAUCCUUACUCUGUCAGCGCUUGCAUAUGUACAGUAAAGGAGCUCUGUAGUUUUAUUUUAAGUUAAUUUCAAAGCACAGAGCGUGUUAAUACAUCAGUUCUGUCCUUUUGUGAUGUGUAAACUCUGGAAAGAGUAGGGACAUUUUUAGCAAAACAGGCUAAAAUAGAGUGAAGAUUUUUUGCCAUUUACCCACCGUUCUAGAACACUUUUCACUACAGCAAGGCAUGAUGGGUGUUGUAGUUCUCUGUAUGAGACUACAAAACCUGUAUGAUUGGCAGCCUUUCACUUAUCAUGUUGUUCAUUGCUGUUCCUCCAGCUAUUUCACCAGAAUACAUAUCAGUUGGUGGUUUAGAUUCAAGCACAAAGCCCAAACAUUGCAGUUGUUUCUCACACCCUGGUUCACUUAACUCUGCUAACUUGCCUCUCUAAUAGUGGUUGAUGUUGCCUUUAAGGACAUUCAGGAUCAGUCCACCUAUUUCUCAGCACUGAACCUUAACUACUGACAACCUAAAGGCAAAUAAGAUUGAGUCAUAACCUGAGGACCACUUGAAACUUCGACACUUAAACCUGUCAGGUCCUGUAAGGGAAGGUGUGCCAAAACUGGGAGUAUUACAUCCUAAAUGUCAUACGUCAUGGAGGCAUUAGUGUGACAUGGCAUUUCCACAGAGAUUGUUUAAGUUUUUUAAGCAUCUUCAGGUUGGUGCAGAACUUUAAGCUGUUUAAAAGUCUAACUUUUCCAGGUUGCAGAAAAUAUAUAUUGUAAUUGCAGAAUCCCAGGUUUAAGAGGUGGAUUUAGUUAUUUAUUGUUGCGCACCAACACACUCAAAAACCUGUAAGCUGUGGUACAAUCAUGACUCUGUUAUGAGGUUGGGCCCAGUUUCAUUUCCGAGCAUUCAUUUGUGAACCAGCCGGAAUGGAGCAGGACCUAAACCUGCCAUGUGAUAAACCCUCAGCUGCCAAAGACAAAAGCAGGGCAAUGUUUGAUUUUAACAUAACACUUGCAAAGCACCCGUCUUGCAUGCUAAACAACAGAGAAAAACAUUGAUAAAGAGUAUAGAUAUUAUGAACUUAUAAUCAAGCAAAAAAUACUUUUUUGACUUAGCUACCAUGUAUGACUUUGUAGAACUUUUGUGUUGAAACAACGUGGCUGUCACGUUGGAGAGAAUCCAGGAAAUUAAAAAAAAAAAAAAUGGUGCUGUUUUUGAUGUUCUUCCCAGGUUGUAUAAAGGCGUUUUCACUGUCGAUCGAUGCCAGAGAAAUGUGUCCAUGAGAAAUGUGUCCAUCAUUGUUGAUGGAAUGCAAACAGUCUGAAGUGGCGUCCUCUUUGCAUCUCCUUUCCUCAAACUAAACUGGGUUGGAUGGGUGUCACCACACAUUUGAUUUGUUGAAAAAAGAUCAUGUGUUUUCUGGAUCAGUGGACUGGAAGGAAAAGUUCAGGAGGAAGCCAUUAUAGGCAACUGAGAUGCAUUCAGGCUUCAUGUCGAGGUACUCCGUAGGAUUUUCUCUGUCAAGAAACAGUUCAGGGGCAAUAGGUUGAUAUUUUAUAAUUUAUGGGAUUUCAUGUGGAGAGUAUUUUGAAAGUGUCCAUACUAGAGAGCUUUACGUUUGCAUGUAUUUUUAAAGUGGCAUGUGGAGGGGGAACAUUUUGUUGGCCCAAAGGUUUUUAUUUCAUGAAAUAAACACUUUCCUUUUUAUACCUUUUAUUAAGACUAAAAUAUUCAGUUUUUCAGCUGCAGUUUUGUUUUUCUGUACAUCCACAAUAAGCGUUCUUGUUUUUAAAAUGUA